AUGAAUCUGUCUUUGCCCUCGCUGAAUCUCGAGUUUGUGCCAUCUUUUCACGCUUAUCUACGUCUGAAUUUCGAUUGCGCUUUCGACAUUAUCCUGCUCAAACACUGUCAUACCUAUCCUUUACCCUUCUCUCAGAAUCCAUUUGUGCCAGAGCUCACUGUGAGGCUUACCAUUCCUGCCUACCUUCUUCUCGUGGCUAAUGGUGUGUCUAGUGGUCAAUGGGCUGUAUAUUGUGGAUGCACUGAGGUCAUGUCCCACGGAUAUCAGUGCUGCCCGAGAAACGGGGCUGCACAAUGGCAAAGCACAAAUCCUACUUCUGCUUACUGCAGGGUGUAUCAGGGUACCAAAGAAGACGCAGAGUUUAAUCGGCUCCAAUAG